GUUGAGAGACGUUGGUCGAUCAAAAUGACCGAGAGGGCAGAUGAGCAGUGCAACCCGAAAGAGCUCGAUGGCCUCGUCAAGGUCAGACGGGACGCCCCGCUGCUUGAAUCUGUCAUAAAGGCCCAUGCCAAGAUUGUUGAGAGACGUUGGUCGAUCAGAAUGACCGAGAGGGCAGAUGAGCAGUGCAGCCCGAAAGAGCUCGAUGGCCUCGUCAAGGUCAGACGGGACACCACGCUGCUUGAAUCUGUCAUAAAGGCUGAUGGCAAGAUUGUUGAGAGUUGUUGAUCGAUUAUGACCGGGGAGACACCUCUGCAAGGCCGCUUGGCACUUUUCCACCCAGGUCGCCAUGCUAUCGUAAUCGAGUUGCACGAUAAUUGUCAAUAACGCAGGGAGGAUGAAGCCGAAGAGUGACACUGCCUUUCAUGAGCACAAAAUCCAGGUAGAUAUGUUUGAAUUGCGCACGUACAUAGAAAUUCGACCACUGAAACCUGAAUUCGAGGUGAGGCGCUCACCGUGGUCGUUUGAACUUGUGUACAGCCUCAUGCAGAACCGGAUCUUCUUCGCUUUCUCGUUGGCGGGUACCUUGACAGGCUUGGCCUGGCUUGGCAAAUUGGCAGGUGCAUUUUUGCUUGUUUUCGACAUUAAUAUUGUGCGUCGCAACGUUCGUGAAGUUGAUGUUCGAAAAUCGACAUCAGACAUUUUCGAAGAUACCUGCAGGUGCGUUAAUCCUAUUGGACUCUCUAAUGAUUUUGCAGAUAACAUUAAUGCUAUGGCUGGUGGUGAUACCUCGCUAUUUGGGCACACAAUCAGACCUCGUCAGGAAGGAGUUGGACUAGUUUGGUUGGCCGAGAAGUUCUAGACCAAGUAGUGCAUUCGUGCUCUAUCGAUCGUA